UCAGCAAAGAUGCUAAACAGUCUGUAGCACAAUUCCAAAAGUGGGUAAAAUAACAAGCAUGCUCCCCAACUACACCAUUCUUGUUACAGUCAGUCUGCACUGGUUCAUAACAUAUAGACGCAGUGCAGGCAAUGUUGCCAUUGCAGAUGCUUCAAUAAUUCCAGUUGGAGAUCCUAAUAUAGCAGUGGGGAAAAUAUCCUCCCAGUCGAGCACUUUUGAAACAAAAGGAGAGUCCAGGAAGGCUGUGGAUGGGUCUCUGGCAAAUAGUUAUGCUAAUGGAGAUUGCACUCUGACGAAGAAGGAGUUUGAACCCUGGUGGAUGGUGGAUUUGAUUUCAGCAUUUCAGGUGUCUGCUGUGGUUGUCACUAACAGAGGAGACUGUUGUGAAUCGCGCAUAAAAGGAGCUGAGAUUCUGAUUGGGGAUUUGCCUGAGAAAGGAGGCACCAUGAAUCCCAGAUGUACUGUGAUUGAAUCCUUGGGUCCUGGGGAAACCCAGCAUUUUUACUGUGAAAAUAUGCAAGGAAAGUAUGUUACUGUUAACCAACCAAAUGGAGGAACGCUCACACUUUGUGAAGUCCAAGUGUUUGGCCAGAAGGUAACUUCCACCACUGAGCCCAGACCAGAAGAGACUCAGUCUUCCAGACUACUGGCAAGUGGAGAGCAAGUGGAGACCUCUGAACCCAAUGUUGCUCUUGAAGGAAAGGCAUUCCAGUCCAGCACCUACAACUCACUUGGAGAGGCAGAGAAUGCUGCGGAUGGAUCUUCCUCUGCUAACUAUAUGAAUGGGCACUGCACCCAUACACAGCUUGAAAUUAAUCCCUGGUGGACAGUGGACUUGGGAGCAAAGUUCCGAGUGCACAAAGUCAGUGUCCUCAACCGAGAGGACUGCUGUGCAGAUCGGAUCAAUGGGGCGGAAAUCCUAAUUGGGAACUCACCAGAAAAAGGAGGAAUUACGAACCCUAGGUGUGCUACAAUCAACUCUCUGGGUCCAGGAGAAACAGCCAUUUUUGACUGCAGAGAAGCCCAGGGGCAGUAUGUAACUGUUACUAUCCCAGGCAUACAAUAUCUUACACUCUGUGAAGUCCAAGUGUUUGGUGUGAAGCAAAAUACCUCUGUACUUUCCUCAGGCAUUGAGCAAUGGAUAAAGCCGAGAAAACCUUCUAGACUGCCAGGGGAAGUGACAAAAGGAGGAUUACUCUACUCAGUCGUCUAUAAUGCAGCCCUUGAUGGAAAGGCACUCCAGUCCAGUAUCUACAAUAAAUUAGGAGGCCCUGCAAAUGCCAUUGAUGGCCUUGAAUCCUCUAACUAUUUACGUGGACAAUGCACACACACACAGCUAGAAGACAACCCAUGGUGGAUGGUGGACUUGAGGGCAGAGUUUAAGGUAUCUAGUGUACGGGUCACUAAUCGAGGAGACUGCUGUGCAGAACGCUUAGAUGGUGCUGAAAUCCGAGUUGGGAAGUCAAAAGACCAAGGUGGAAUAACAAAUCCCAGGUGUGCCACAAUCACUACAAUGGGUAAUGGGGAAACACGUAAAUUUGACUGUGAAGGAAUGAUAGGACAGUAUGUGACACUCACCAUCCCAAGCGAACAGAAAUAUCUCUCUGUGUGUGAAGUCCAGGUGUUUGGUGUGAGGGAAGCUCCCCGCAUCCCCAAUGUGGCCCUUGGAGGUACAGCGUCCCAGUCUAGCACCUUAAACAAACUUGGAGUUGCAGAGAAUGCCAUUGAUGGGUCUACAUCAGUUGAUUUCAUGCGCAGAUCAUGCACUCACACAGAAUUAGAACGUAACCCAUGGUGGACUGUGGACUUGAAGGCAGAGUUUCAUGUAUCCAGCGUAAGUCUCACCAAUCGGGAAGAUUGUUGUGCUUUGCGGCUCAACGGUGCUGAAAUCCGGAUUGGGAAUUCUUUGGAGGAAGGAGGCUCUAGAAAUCCCAGGUGUGCGACAGUCACCUCAUUGGGUGCUGGUGAAACCCAGAAUUAUGAGUGUGAAGGAAUGCGAGGACAGUAUGUAACAAUUACAAUUCCUGGAGUUCGUUACCUCACACUAUGUGAAGUUCAAGUGUUUGGUGUGAAGGUUGAGUCUUCUGGAGAGGCAACAAUCUCAUCAUGAGAAGAAGGAAGCAUAAUUGUGAAGUAGAUAGACUGUUCUGGGACUGAAAGGACAGCUUCCAGAGAGAACAGAUUGACCACUGUGUGAGACAAGAUGAUGGACCAUUGGUCUGAUCCAGCAGGGCUCUUAUGUUAAUAUUUGGAAAUGUUCAGUCAAUACAUUUGUAAAACCUUGAAACAAUAAACAUUAAUUAGUGUCAA